CAAUAACCGUUGUUGUACUUUUUAAAUUUAAGUUGUGCUUUUGACUUCGGAACAAAACAGAUAUGAGAGGAGUACUUUUAGUUAUAUUGCAUUUGUGUUUCAUUGGUGCCAACACAAAGGGGUUUUCUAUUGACGAUCUUGAAAAACGGUUGAGCCAACUUUUACAAUGUGAGAUGCCAUGCAGUUACGAUGACGAAACGUCAUGCCCGCCAGGAUAUCGCUGUGAUUUUGACAUGAAUUAUGAUGAAGGUGUUUGCGUUCGAAGAGAUUACGAAGACAGUUGUUAUCAAGUAGGAUUAGCCCGACUGUACAACGGCAAAGUAUCUCAGACCAUUAAGGGAACCGAAUGUCAACGAUGGGAUUCGAACACGCCGCAUAAACCCUAUCAUCGGUAUACAGUUGAUGAAAAAUUUCCAGAGAAAUCAGUACACGCUGCCAACAACUACUGCCGUGACCCGAGCAAUACCGGAAGACCUUGGUGCUACACUAGUGAUCCAAAUGACAGAUGGGAUUACUGCGAUGUUCCGUCUUGUUACAGUAGAGACUGCUACAGGUACGGGUUUGCAAAAGUAUACCAAGGGUAUGUUUCCGUCACAAUGGAUAACAUACCUUGUCAGAGAUGGGACAGGUCAUAUCCGCAUGACCACAAAUACAAACACUCGGACUAUUACCCAGACGAGUCUGUUGAAGAUGCUGGAAACUUCUGCCGAAGCCCUUCGGGUGCCAAAAUCCCAUGGUGUUACACGACCGGAUCUAAACGAUGGCAAUAUUGUGAUAUUGAGCAAUGCCCAUACACAUAUUGCUACGACACAGACCUGUCAGAGCUUUAUGUUGGAACUGUUACAAAAACGCAGAGUGGAAUAAAAUGUCAGAAUUGGGAUUCCCAGUAUCCACACAAGCACAAAUACGGCAAACCUGAGAAGUUUCCAGAAGGUGACGUCAGCAAGGCAAAGAACUACUGUCGUGAUCCAAGCGGAUACGGGAAACCCUGGUGUUACACUACUGACCAUAUUAAGCGAUGGGAGUUAUGCUGCGUCAUCAACUGUUCAGAUUUAGAGUAAUGCUUAUAUUUGCAAACAACAAAUUAUUAUGCUAAUGACUCACACAAAAAAUAAUAACAAUAAACAUAAUGAAAACGCUGCGAUUUGUUUGUCGAAAAUGUUUCUUUAUUAUUCUUUUAUUUUCAUGUUUCUUUAAAGCUUAUAGAAUGUUUAAAACUAUCUGGCCAUCAAGUUGCUAAUAAGCUUAAAAAAUCAUUAACAUUUUAAACAUUUUUGCCUUAAAUGAGAUCAUAUAUUAUGUAUAUAUAAACAAUAACAUAGUUUUUGUUUUGAUCAUAUCAAACAUAUUAAGGCCAAGAUAAGCCAUUAAUAAACUUUAUUCCUAUUCAUAUACUUAAAAAAAGUUUUCUUUUAAAAUAUUCUUUUGAGCAUUUGUGUUUUCUUUUUAUUUACGUUGUAAUCUUUUUUUCUUUUGUGUGUGUAUGUAUGUGAUUUUUGAGAGAACGUGCGUGCGUGUGUUUGAGUUCACAUUAUCAGAUUUGUUAUAUUAUUAUAUUGUUCCCGAGCUGUGUUAACAUAUUACUAUUAAACAGCGUACUCAGAAAU